UACUCUGAAGGAGGAGGACGGAAGCCUUGACGCUGCUGCUGCUGCUGGUUGAGCGCAGGCUAGCCAAGAUGGCGGAAUACUUGGCGUCCAUUUUUGGGACAGAGAAAGAUAAGGUCAACUGCUCUUUUUAUUUUAAAAUUGGUGCCUGCCGACAUGGCGACCGCUGCUCCAGAUUACACAAUAAACCAACAUUCAGCCAGACAAUUGCCCUCCUGAACAUUUACAGGAACCCUCAGAACAGUGCCCAGUCUGCUGAUGGCCUCACCUGUGCCAUCAGUGACAUGGAGAUGCAGGAGCACUAUGAUGAGUUUUUUGAGGAGGUCUUCACAGAGAUGGAGGAAAAGUAUGGAGAGGUGGAGGAGAUGAACGUGUGUGACAACCUCGGUGACCACCUAGUUGGAAAUGUGUAUGUCAAGUUCCGUUAUGAAGAAGAUGCGGAGAAGGCUGUGAUAGACCUGAAUAAUCGGUGGUUUAAUGGACAGCCCAUCCAUGCUGAGCUGUCUCCCGUAACAGACUUCAGAGAAGCCUGUUGUCGCCAAUACGAGAUGGGGGAAUGUACUCGUGGUGGCUUCUGUAACUUCAUGCAUCUGAAGCCCAUCUCACGUGAACUCAGGAGGGAGCUCUAUGGUCGUCGGAGGAAGGGCCGCCAUAGGUCCCGGUCUCAAUCGAGAGAGAGGCGAUCUCGCUCAAGGGACAGAGGUCGAGGAGGAGGAGGAGGUGGAGCUGGUGGAGGAGGAGGAGGUGGUGGUGGUGGUGGUGGAGGAGGAGGAGGAGGCGGAGGAGGAGGAGGUGGCCGUGACCGCGAGAGACGUCGCUCUAGAGACAGAGAGCGUUCAGGACGAUUCUGAAGCAGCACCCGUGACUACUUGUCCCUCCCUCCCUGUAUCCACCCCCGGUCUUUUUUUAAGUUUGUACCCAUCCAGAACUAUUCUAGGACUUAUUAAAAGGUACCAGAUUUUGAAGCUGUGACAGCAUUGAUGAACAUGUUUUUUUCUUGAUUUCUGAAAAUGACUUUCACUUCCAUUAAAUUUAACAUUUUUACUGAUUAUGA